AAGACGUAUCAGGCAGUGGAAAGUUUUUAGCGUUUUCAGUGAUUUAUGGUGCUAUUAAUAGUGGAAGAGCUGUGGUUGAAUGAGAAUGUAUGUACCAGUGCAUAUAUCCUGUAGUUGUGGGUGUUAAUAACGGCAGUCAACAAAAUGGUUGGAUCUGAAGAUGCCAGAAGGAACUGCAAUAUCGACAUCGGCCCCGAAGUUCAGGGACCAGACCGACUGUGGGGCUCACGCAGCCGCCCAUCCAGUGGACGGUGGGGACAGAGCGGCCGAUAUGUUCCGGUUUGUGAAGGGCCAGCGAAAAUUAAUGUCAAGCAUGACAUUCACAUUCCAUAUCCGUCGACUUAUGUAUGGAUUCCUACUAGUGGGAUGUUUGUUUAUAGUGUUCCAAAUUGUACGGCUGCAGCGGGGUGGUGGCUACUUUGAUGAUGUGGACAGAACAUCCAGGCUGAAGCAGAUAAACCUCAUGCUCCACUCAUCAUCAGCAGAGACCUGGAGAAAACUCUCAGCUGGAGGCCAGGCAUGUCGACACCCUCAUUUGGAGGUGAACAGUCCAGAGAUAAUGAAGUUCAUUAAGUCGGUCCCUCCAAUUCAGUGUGGAAAUGACACUGACUGGGUGAAAGUUAAUGGGAGUACUGUCUUCAUCACAGAUGAGGCUCGGGCAAGGCAUGGCGACAUUCAGUGUGCUUUUACAGAUAUACUUAGAGUGAAUGACCACAGCACACAUGAUGGAGUUACUACACAGACACACACUGAAUACAACCUGGAGGAAAGUGACUUUGUUCGUGUUCUCUGCAAGACAAGUAAAGGAGAAACAUGGAGUAACAUAAUGCCCGGAAUUCGCCAUGACCAAGAUGUCUUGGAUCGUACAGGUUGGGAUAAGCUCCCACAUGAUGCCUUGCGACUGAACGUAUUGAUGUUUGGUUUUGACUCCUUGUCACGUAACAUGUUUAUUCGUCAUCUACCACGCACGUACCAUUACCUCCAUGAGACUCUUCAAAUGAUUGACUUGCGUGGCUACAACAUUGUUGGGGAUGGAACUCCACAAGCCCUCAUACCAAUUCUCACAGGGAAGACUGAACUUGAACUUCCAGAAACAAGAAAGCGAAUGGGAGAAAAGGCUUCAUUUGUUAACAUAUAUCCCUUUAUAUGGAAGAAAUAUCAGGAGAAUGGAUAUGUGACAGGAUACUUGGAGGAUUGUCCUCAUAUUGGAACCUUUACCUACCGGUUGAAAGGAUUUGACUCUCCACCAACUGAUCAUUAUGCACGGACUUAUUACAUUGCUUCUACCCAAGAAUACAGCCAUCACAAGAAAUACUGCAUGGGUUCUAUACCUCGUCAUAAGGUUGUGAUGAACCAUGUCCAGGAUUUCUUCAAAGUCUAUCGUGAAAAGCCUAAGUUCAUGUUCAGUUUUCAUACUGAACUCUCUCAUGAUUCACAUAAUCUAAUUGGUGCUGUUGAUAUGGAUAUGCUGGAAUGGCUUCAGGCAAUGACUGAAGAGGGCCACCUUAAUAACACGUUAUUAAUUAUAAUGAGUGAUCAUGGCCCACGCUUUGCAGAUAUUCGUAACACACAACAAGGCAAGCAAGAGGAGCGUUUGCCAAUGUUUGGAUUUGUGUUCCCACCAUGGUUCCAACGCGCUUACCCCCAUGCAAUCGUUAACAUCAGGCGCAACAGCCAGCGUCUUACUACGCCAUUUGACAUAUACCCUACACUCAAAAAUGUACUGCAUUACCAAGGUGCAGGAAAGGGAAAUAUUAAGGACAGAGGCAUAAGCCUUUUCAAGCAGGUUCCAUUGGAAAGAACGUGUGCAGAUGCAUAUGUUGAGCCACAUUGGUGUGCUUGCCUUGACUGGCAGGAAAUUAAUCUACAGGAUAGAUUUGUGGUCAGAGCUGCAGAGGCAUUUGUAGAUUUUAUUAACAAGUUGACAGAAUCAUACCGUGAUAUUUGUGCUGAGCUACAUCUGGAACGCAUUCAGUGGGCAGCAAAGUUGGUGCCCAAUGAAGGGCUUCUCAGGUUUCACAAGAAUGCUGAUAUUGAUGGCUUUGUGGCUGAUUUGUCAGCACAUACAGUAGUGACACAAGAAAUGUAUCAGUUGAAGGUCUCCACAAUGCCAGGUGGUGGCUUGUUCGAAGCUUCAAUGAUGUAUGAUGUAACAGAUGGCAGCUUUACCGUCAGAAUCUCGGAUGUGAGCCGGAUCAACCGUUAUGGGUCAGCUGCACAUUGUGUAGAGCACUCACAACAUCACUUACGUCCAUACUGCUUUUGCAAAGCACCUCCACCACAACCACCAAAAGAAUAGGGGAACCUGUAACUUGUGAUAAAGAAUGUGCAACUAGUGAAUGUAUUUAUGGAAGCAAUGAAUGAGAAAACAGAUGAGAUUAUUAAAAAUGGUCACAAUUGGCUGUGAUAAUGGACAGCACAGAGGAAUCUAUUUGUGUUGUUCUAAUAUGGUUCUCAUUUUUGAAUGACAGAUAUAGGGGUUAGAUUAGAUCUCUUUUUUUUUAUUGUGGUUUGACUCAUCUCUAUUAUGUACUUCCCUGUAUUGGAAAAGGCUGAUGUUUGUUCCUUUAUUAUUUAACUGAUAAGUAAUGGUGUAAGAACAUAGUUCAAAGAGUUCUGUUUAAGGUACUAAAUGUAAUUGGUGUGUGCAGUUGACGUGCUACUCUAGCAUAUUUGAUCUCAUCAUACCUUUCUGCUUGUUGAUUUCCCUCCCAGAGGUGAUGAAA